AACAUCGUCAUACAAGGUGUUUCCCGCGUUACCACUUGUUUGUCUGACAUUCAAUCGUAGCUACAAGUUGUGCACCGCAAAAUCUUUCGAAAUGUCAGUUUUCGAGUCACCAAAAGCCAGAAUAAACUCUGCUAUGCUGUCUCAAUAUAUCAGCAGGCCAAUUUGCUUCGUUGGACGUGUUGAAAAGGUCCAUCCAACAGGAAAAUCAUUCAGUCUUUCGGACGGAGAAGGGAAGUCUGCAUCAGUGGAACUCAACGAGCCCCUUGAUGAGGAGCUUAGCGGGGUAGUGGAGGUGCUUGGUAUUGUUUCCAACAAAGGGACAAUAAUGGCCUCUGCAUACAACAUGCUCAGAGAAGACAAAGGCAUUCCUUUCGACCUGGAGCUGUACAAUGAAGCCCUGAAAGUCAUCCAUGAUUUCCCCCAGCACUAUCCAUUUGAAAUAGCCACCAGUGGAUGAGCACUUUGCACUUAUUCAUGCAUUACUUCCUAAAGAUCAUUGUCAAAGUGAACCUCCAUUCUCUUGUUUGCCUUUUUUAAUAUACCUGUAUAUGAGUGUUAAAUAGAUAUGUACAGUUUCUUCAUAUGGAAAAUAAAAAUGAAAGCCUUUAUAACUGUCUGUUUAGUCAUGACAACAAGCUUAAUUAAUGAACCCAAAAUAAACAGUCUCAACUAAA